UCGGAGGGCGGCGGGGACAGACCCGUCGCCCCGGCUCCGCAGCCCCGCCCCGGCCCCGCCUCCGCUCCGGCCGCCGAAGGCUAUAAGAUCUAGGAGCCCGAGCCGGUGGUAGGGCGGGCGCGGACCGUGCUGGGAGCGGCACGGCUGGAGCGCAGCGCCGAAGGGACUGGCAGGGCGGAAGUGUGCGGGACAGCAAGCCCCCGAAUAGCCCCGGCUGCCACCUCGCAGGACCCAAGGCCACGCGCACCGGGCCCAGCUGAGCCGCCUCAUGAAGCCGCCCGCGGCGCAGGGCAGCCCCGCGGCCGCCGCGGCCGCAGGUGUGUGCGGGGUCCGGGGUCCCCUUAAAGUCUCGGCUCUGCAGAUGGCGGCCCCGGCCCUGGACUCGGCGGCCGCGGAGGACCUGUCGGACGCGCUGUGCGAGUUUGACGCGGUGCUGGCCGACUUCGCGUCGCCCUUCCACGAGCGCCACUUCCACUACGAGGAGCACCUGGAGCGCAUGAAGCGGCGCAGCAGCGCCAGCGUCAGCGACAGCAGCGGCUUCAGCGACUCGGAGACCAGGUCCUCCACCAGGCUGGAGGGGGAGCCAGAGAGCACAUGGGCAUGAAGGUGGUUCCUGGUGACCUUUCUCACAAUGGAGACUACCCCAGGGUCUCUUUGUCCUGAACAACUUUGUCAACAACAGCAACAACAACAAAAACAACAAAAGAGACAGCUUUUUCCAGGAACUCACAUGUCCUGGGAGGAUUGCAGGUACCUCAAACAGCAAAUUAGGUGCCUUUUUAAUAUUACAUGAUUGUUGGUUUCAAAUCCAGAAUUGCUUAUUGUUUUUCAAAGUGCAAAGUCAAUUUUAAACUCUUCUGUGUUAUUCUUCAGGCUUUAAUCCUUAGAUGGGUUACAGGCAUGAAUGUCACUCCUUUUGCUGCCCUUAACUCAGGACGUGAAAGUAAUGGCCUUUCCGUGUGAUUCUCUUAUUUUGAAACCUGGAGCUGUUCCUUGUUCCUGGGCUAAGAUUCAGGGCUAGACUUGAACAUGAGCUGCCCUUCUGCAAAGGGAUAAAUGCGCUCACCACCCUGGUCAGGGUUUGACUCAGAAAGCUGAGUUCCAGCUUGUUUCCUUGGCAGCACUGCCAAAGAGUUAGACCAAGCUGCAGCUUUUGAGGUGAAAGGGGAUGGAAGAAAGUACUGUUACUUUUCCACUUAGAAUUUUUGGACUUUGUUCUUAAUGAAUAGGUUCAUUUUCAAUUUCAAAGCAAAGUGUUAACAUUUUUGAAAUUUGUCUCAAUUCCUAAGGCCAAACUUAAAUAUGUCUCCUCCUACUGGGGCAUGGAGCAAGUUAUUCAUCAAAUACAGAUUCUCCCAUGGAAAAGAAAGCUAGGACAGUGUGUCACUGCUGCUCUGUGGCAAAGAACAGCUCCUUUCUAAGCAACAGCUUCACUCUACUAGAAUAGGUCUGAGCGUGCCCAUUCAUGGCUGAUUGCAACUUCCACUGGGUGGGAUUUCAGAUCUAGGAUCUGUUUUCAGAUGCCUUAAAGAGAAGACAUAGAAACAUAUUCUUAACAGUUUCAGGGGAGAUAGUUGGGAUAGUUUGUAGUUUUGCUUAGGUUAUAUGUGUCUGUUUUCUGCUUUUGUUGUUAACGGACUAACCCUUAGUUUGGUGGUUAGAGAAGUGAUGAGAAGAACAUAAAGAAAGCUCAGAUGACAUUUGUCUUUGCUUUAAAUGUGUAGUUUUUCUCUCACAAGGCUAGUCAGAAAUAUUGUUGGCAGAAGCUGUGUGUAUCUAAAUAGUAAUUUCUUAAGGAAGCAUAAUAUGUAUAUCUUAAUUGCUGCCAAGAAUUGAGUACAGACAUUUGUUAUCCUCGUUUGUCUGUUUAAUGCUUUUCUAUGGGAGAGAAUGCUUAAGAGAGGUAGAUACUACUGAAAUUUAGCUCAUCAAGAGGGAGACACACCAGGAUAAGGAUAAUAACAGCAGCUCACUUUUAGCAAAAGCUUGUUAUGAUGAUGAUGAUGAUUUAUUAGCUGGAAUGGGAACCAUGUCUUCACGAAUAGACUGAAGUCCUUUUGAGCCCAGAUCACAUGCCUGUUUGUCAAUGAUGGCUGUUUAUGAAGGUGUCUCUUUGAGGUGGUGGUCAUCUGGCAGGGUCAGUAGAGCUUAGGUUGAGCCUUGUCAAGGCCCUGGGUGAUGAGUGGGAUUUAGUUUCUCUAGCUGUGAAAUUGAAAGGAUGCUAUUUAAUAGAGCUAUUAGGGAGAAAAUAUUUGCUCUGUUGAAUACUUUCAAAAUAUCAUUACAAUGUACAUGCUGUGCUAUACCAUAUAGAUACAUUGGAGCCAGUGUCUCGCAUGAAAAUAUUUUGGAUGAAUAUGUAAACCAAUGUUACCUUUGUUUUUUGCUCUAGUUUUUACAGCUCUGUCUGAAGGUGCACCAACCUUACCAGGAAGAUCAAACAGCAAGCCUGUUCUUUGAAGAAUACUUCUUCAUUAUCAUUAAAAAAAAAUUUAGGUUGCUUGCACCCAAAGGCAAAAAAUAGCCAUUCCUCGUACUGAAAGAAACAAGUUACUCAGAUAGGAAAGAAGAACAGAUAUUUAAUAAGGAAAUAUUCCUUCCUGUUCCCACUUUCAGGGAAGCCUCUUAAGACAUGAAGAGGAUCAAAAUAACAAUUGCAGUAUAACUUCACAUGGUGGGGUGGGGGGUGUGGAAUUCAAAUGUAGUUGAUCAAAAUAGAGUUGUUACUUUCCUUUAGACUUGAUUCCAACAUGUAAAAAAAUCAGGCACUUUAGUGGGAGUGAUUUUAACUUCAGUAGUAAAAGGGCAAUGCAAUUAAGAGUUAGGGUAGUGUUUCUCAAACUUCAUCCUCAGAGGUGCUUUAGAAAUUGACUACCUUUGGUUUGAAUUUAUUUUUAGAAAUACAUCUUCUUUUCAGUAUUUUUAAAACUGUAAAAGGUACACCAUGAUUUCUCAAAUGUGUUAAAUGAAAUUUUAACUCAUUAUGUUUCAAGUUUUAACCAGUGUGUUGACUUUAUAAGAAGUUUAUAAUAUUAACUUAAACUUUAAAAGGUGGUAUGCACUUAUAUCUUUAAUGUAUUGGGGUUUCACAUAAUUUUUCCUUUGAGGUGGGGAGUGUUUUGCUGCUCAAUAGAAAAGGUCUGAAGUCUAUUGUGUAUGCUAGGGUUAUUAUGAUAUUGUAGGACCAUUUAGGAAAUGAGGAACUGGCUUCUUUAGCAUCAGCAAGACUUAGAACACCUGCGUAUCUUUGCCUAGGCUAUUCUGGCCUGGCCCUGGGAGAGGGGACCUUGUGGGCCCUGGAGAACCAGCAUGACAGAUGGCUUAUGUGGCUUAGAAGCCACUGAGGUAGAACCUGAACUUGUUCAAGCCAUGAGAGAAUAAGGCCAAUGAGGAGCCUUCAGGGUUCCCUGGUACUGUGUUAGCAAUUCUGCAUGGGUGACGGGUCUUGUGAUGCUUGGCAAGGCAUAUAGAGGGACAGUGCGAUCCCAGAAAGGGAGCUGGGACAACAGUGGAGAAGUUGAGGAAAGAUGCUCUUUCUUAUUUUGCCCCCCUUUGGCGAGGCUAUCAGAAUUUAGAUUUUCAGGAGGAGAAGUCAACCCACACCCCAGCCAUUCCCUGUGGCAAAAGGGAGGUAGGUCCAAAGCUUUCUUUUUCUCAGUUAAUUACUACAGUUUGCUUGCUUUAAACGUGUGGGAUCAUUCUAUAUUUACAGGAGCCUUGGGUAAGGUUUACUGUCUGUGGUUUUACUUCCCCCUGGAGCAGCACGUUGACAUGCUAACCCUAAAUUACCUUUCUCCCAACCCCCCAAGCUAAAAAAACACACCUACCUUUUAAACAAGCCUCUAUUUUGCAGCAGUGUUUCUCAGACUCUGUUAGUUGUAUAUUUCAUAUGCUUUUCUUUCUUUUGAUGGUGCCUUAGAAAACACGGUCCCAGAAUUUGAGGUUCCUGACUUCAGUACACUAACUAGACUUGCCAGGGAUGUUUCUAAUGGGAAUUUGAGAUACAUGUGAGAUGGUGCUUUAGAGCUGAUUGAAGCCGAUAUUGUAAGGCCCUCAAAUAUCCAGCCUUACCACCUGCCAGGGUUCCCCAGAUUAUCACUGUUCUAGGUCCCUCGAGCCCCUAUUAAUAGCAGCACCUGAUACCCACGUGGGGCAAUAAUACAUGAAUAUGUGAUCAGCCAGCAACACAUUGCUGUCAUUUAAUCAGACUAACUGGCUAUUACUUUUGCAAGGAAUAGAGUUCCAGGGGAGGGAAAAGAACAGGAUGUCCGGCUUUGCCUACCUUGAAAUCUGUCUUGCGUGAGAUUUUGCCCAUUGUAUGUUCUUAAUAAAACUCUGUGGAAAGAAAUUUUAUUGGUUAAGGGUAAAGAGAGGUCUAGAGCUUGGGGUACCUCUAUGUUGAGAGUUUGUUCUUGGGAGGUUUGUUCUAGGAUGCCACUGAAGAGAAAGUUCUCUUAAGAAUGUUGCUGCUCUCUCUCAAGAAGAGGGAGAAUCUUGAUUCUGUUUAUUCUCUGUGAUUACCUUUUCUCUCUCAGGAGUGCUAUUCUGCACUUUACUAGGAACUUUAGAGUUAAAUCAUUAAAACCACAGGCAUUAUACACAGAGCACCUAGGUUAUUGUUCUUCUUCUAACAAGGAAGAAACAGAGUGACUCUACAGGGUCAUGCAGUUUUCACGUGGCCUCUAGACACCCACUCGACAGUGACAUAGAUGCUAGAUGCCCACUCGCCAGUGGUGUAGCUUUGGGGCCUUGAGGGCUCUCUUUUCAUCUGUGCCAUACACAACAUGUAGAUAUCAUCACAGGGUGCGCCUCAGCUGCAGCAGGUUUGGCUCAAGGAUGCUGGCGGUCGGCUUCUUCUUGAUGGUCGAAGGUUGAACAUUUCAAAACUUGGAGUUGGGUCUGUCCCAGAUUGUACACCUCAUGGAAAGGGAGUGAAGUCAUGGUGUGGCAACGAGCUGGGGCGUGAGCUAAUGUGUAUCUGUGUGUGUGUGUGUGUGUGUGUGGUGGGCAGGGCGGGGGCGGGCAGGAGGAAGUGAGUGUAGCUGUGCUGCCAUGCCUCUGUUUGCGUGUGUUUCUAUAUAAAUAGAUAUUGUAACUAGUAUUUUUCCUCCUCUUCCUCCCUCACUGUGGGAGUGGCUGUCAGUUUGUCUGUAUAUUUUCUCAGUUUGGGAAAAAUUCUCACGUCAAGAAGGCAUUUAGCCUGUGAACCUAAAGGAUCAGAGGACAGUCCUGGCAAUAUUCUGGAUCUACGGCUCAUUCUCUACAGAUUCUCUCCAGGCCCCAUGAGUUACGCUGAGUUUUUCCUGAAUCUUUGCUGGAUUCCUUUUUUCCCCUGCUAACAUCCUCUUUUGUAAUGGCCUUUCCAUAUCUAGAUUGUUCCUUCUUCCAACAUUCAAUAGCGUUUGGCCUCCUUGCCUGUGAGGUGAACAAAUUGUGGUGUCUUUCUCCCCUGCAGAGGAGUGUACGUGGAUGGAAACUUGCUGGAGAGUAGGGGCAGAAGAGAGCUGAAGUUCAAAGUCAGGGUAGGGCCUGUGGUGCAUGCCGGGUGGGUGGAGUGAGCAGUGGUGUGGAAAGUUGCUCUCCCAGGCCAGCUGCUUGUGGGAGAUAGAGAGCGGAGGUGUGGUCCCUGCGAUCUGGGCCAGCCAGCCUCAGGGCCCAGGGAUGGGGGCAAAGCUCUCAGGUAUCCUUCAUAGCCACGGAUAAUGUGCCAAGGGCCUGGUAUUUUCUGGCUCAGAGUCUAGGCAUGAGGCCUGCCUCCUCAGGACCUUCUGUGGUUUUCUUGCCCCUAAAUUUUGCCUUAUCUUCUCCCCAUGAGUUUCUCAGGCUGUAUUUGUGGCGAUUCUCCUGGUGACUGCAUGGUGACAACAGUAAGGCUUCCUUGCAGGUCUGCAGUGGGUGUGGCCAGCUUCCUGUGUGUAGGGGAAAGGGCUUCCCUUGGGAGAAUUGGAGAGCUCCUUUGGAGGUGGGCUUGGUUGAGGGAGCCAGCAGGAGGGCUUCCCGAGUAAGGUUCCACGGAGUCCAAGGGUCCUGAGAAGUAGUAGCAGGAGCACCACAAAAAAGUGUCCCGUGGUCAGGUACACCGGGGAAAUGGGGCUGGUUUUGUUUAACCGUAAGUCUUUUCAGGAUGUUGGAAGUGGGCAUACCCACGGGAAUGACCAAGGCUGUUUGGUGUUUCUCAGGUGUACCUGAUCACACAGCCCUCGGAGGACCAGCACUCUGAGGAAUGUAUUUUUGGGGAAGUGUAGGUAUCAGGUCCAGGGUUUUGGAUCUCAGUCCAUGUUCAUCCUCAAAGCCCAGUGAUGGUGGUCGUUUCAGGUGAGCUGGGCUGGACUUCUGAAGGAAGCAAAGAUUGUGAGGGUUGCUCUCAAGGGUCUUCUGGGCAUGUUUGGAAAAGUGGACAAGAUGACGGUGUCAGCGAAAAAGAGCAGGGGGCAGGUGGGCCCCUGGGCAGGAGAGGGUGGGGGGAAAGGGAGCCAGAGUGAGGCACCUGAGAAGUUGUGGCAGCCUCUUAGGGACAAAGCUGAAUUUCCCUGAGACUAGAAACCUUCUUCCGAAAACUCUGAUACUUUUUGUACUGGGCCUAUCUCUUGUCACUUAGGGAAAUUCCUUUUCAGUUAAUGGGACCAAAGAGAGAUGUUUUUGCCUCCUCCUAAGCUGGAGAUAAUUGGCUUAAAGUGGAAGAAUCCCGAGGAGGCGGGGACCUGGUAAGGCCCCCAUCAUUCAGCUGCCCUCUCACACCUGAAGAGCCACUUCUCUGCUCCAACUGUGGCUGGCUUUGUGUUUUGUUUUAACCAGGAAGGCUGUUCCCCGUGACCUCAGGGGCCACAUCCUGCUUCUGCUGCCUGCCUUGCCUUUGCACCCUUUGAGUCAGUGCUGCUCAGCCAGCAGCCCCUUUCUGAGUCACAGCCACACAGCUGGGCCAACCGUGCGUUGGUUUCCUUCCCCUUAGCAGGACUUAGAGAAUCUCAGAACUUUAGAGCUAGAAGUGCCUUUAAGGAUUAUUUAGUCCGCCUUCCCAUUCUAUUGAUAAGUAAGCUAGGCCCAGAGAUACCGUCUAGCUCAAAGGCACCCUAGUACUUAGUAGUUGACUGGAUGGUCCCCUUGACUCCCAGUUCAGCCUUGAACUUCUGGGGCCUCAUCUUGCUGUGGUUCAAGUCUUUGGAGGUAUGAGAAUAGAGGGAGCCAUGAUGUCACUCCAAGUGUCUAACAGAUGAACUUCCAGGAGAAGAUGUCUUUAUCUUUGACCUUCUGGCUUAUCUGAAGAGUACAGACUCUUAGGAAAACCUCUCUUAAGUAAAAGAGGGGAUUAUUAAAUUAUAGGACAGCAAGACAGCAAAGAUCUCUCUUGAGCAGGGAAAGAGGCUUAAGUCAUGGGAUACUGGAUGUUUGUAUUUUAGGAGGCUCAGAGGGCAGAAGGGACAUAUUUCACUUGAGAUGAUUCCUUUUGCCUAAAAUCCUUACCCCCACACUCCCACCAUCAACCAAGCACUGGUCAUGAUGAUCCUGUCACCCCCUUCCUGUAUUGGGGAAGCAAGGGCCUUUGGUAUACUUGAUUUGACACACACACACUCACACACACACACUCUCUCACUUCUCACUCACACUCUCACACUCACAUACUCUCACACACACUCAUUUUCUCACACACACACUCCACACUCACACACACGCACACACUCUCACACACUUUCUCACACACACACUCAUACACUCACA